AUGAGACAGCUGAGCAAACGUGUUUGUGGGAUUGGGGUGGAAAUUUCAAAUGUUGAUAGUGAUACAGCUGAAGACUUUGUUAUUGACCUUGAAUCUGAAAAAAGUGGGUGUUCUUCAGACGAACUAUUCUCUACUGUGGUGGUGUUCAGUCCUGUUAUACCUGAUAUACUGCGUCAGUUUUCGCAAUUGAUCUCUGAUUCGUGGUUAGCUGUGUGGGUUGAAGGUCUUCGUGAAAUGGAGAAUGAAAGGGAAGAUGGUUGGAGAAAUUGGGCCAGUGAUGAGGUUGUUGAAGAGAGCGAGAUCGAGAUCGAGUCGGUAAGAGAUUUUACAACAGGGACAGUGGAAAAUGGUAGUGAAACGUGCUUGGAAGGCAUGUUCAUCUCUGAUGAAGACGGAGUUUUUGAAAAUGAGGCUGGAAUUUAUGAAGAUUACGUUGAUGAGGAAUCGUUUGUGGACUUUGAAAACGAGUGUCAUUUCGAUACAGAUGAAGAUGUUUUGCAUGAAGAUGAUGAGGAUGAGCAGCAUAGAGAAGAGUCAGUGGAACCAAAUCUUGUAGCUAUCAACAGUAAAGAAGACUAUUUGCAGUUAGAUUUCAGUUGUGUAGACCCUGUUGAAGUGACGAAGUUUCAUUUUGCAAAUGUGGAGCUUGCUUAUGAUUUCUACCACUGGUAUGGAAGAAUCAUGGGUUUUUCUGCCCGUAGAGGAACCAUACGCAGAAAUAGAAAAGGGGAAGCUGUCCAGCAAACCUUUUUGUGCCACCGACAAGGAUUUCGUGAAGAGAAGGGAAUUUGUGAUGAAAUGAGAUUGAGACGACAAAAGGUUGAUUUUAGAUGUGGAUGUGAUGCCAAAUUCCGGGUGCACAUUGACCCUCCUUCACAGCGAUGGUAUGUUACAUGUUUUCAAGAUGCACAUAACCAUGACCUUCUGCCGAAGCAGCACGGUGGUUUGUUGGCGGCUCAUAGGAAAAUGGGUACUGCCGACAUUAUGUCAAUGAAUAGUUUUAUGAAGUCAGGUAUAAGUGCACCUCAAAUAUUUAAUUCGUUUGCCAGCCAGUGCGGAGGUUAUGAGAAAGUGGGGUUUGGACAGAAGAAUAUGCAAAAUCAGCUUGCCAAACAAAGGCGGUCACAAUGUUCAGAUGGGCAGAACGCUGUGGAUUAUAUCAGAUGGUUGGGGUUGAACGAUGAACUAAUGUUUGAGAGGCACACGGAGGAUGCUGAGCAUGGAGUUGAAAAUUUGUUUUGGUGUGACGGCAUUAGUCGAUACAAUUACAAAGUAUUUGGAGAUGUUGUUGCUUUUGAUGCAACUUACAAGAAGAACAAGUAUCGCCGACCCGUUGUGCUAUUUUCUGGUGUGGACCAUCAUAACAGAACGAUUAUAUUCGCCACUGCAAUUGUUGUGACUGAAUCUGAACAAACCUAUGUUUGGUUAUUGGAACAAUUUGCUGAAGCUAUGAACCAGAAGUUACCGGGCGCUGUCAUUACUGAUGGAGCGCUGCCUAUGCGCAACGCCAUUAGGAGAGUUUUUCCGAAUGCUCACCAUCGACUAUGUGCAUGGCAUUUGCUUAAAAUUGCAAAUAAAAGGGUUGGGAUUCCUGAAUUUUUGAAUAGGUUCAGGACAUGUAUGUUAAGUGACUAUGGCAUCGGUGAAUUCAAGCGACGGUGGGCAACAAUGGUGACAGAUCUUGAAUUGGAGAACAAUACUUGGGUUAGUGAAAUGUAUGACAAGAGGGAAAUGUGGGCUGCAACUUACUUUCGUGGGAAGUUUUUUGCUGGUUUUAGGACAACAUCAAGGUGUGAGGGCUUUCACUCCCAACUAUUGAAGUUUGUCCGAUCAAGGUACAACUUGACUGAUUUUGUUCUCCACUUCCAUCGUUGUCUUUCGUACAUGCGUUUCAAGGAAUUAGAAGCUGAUUUCAAAUCUGGUUUUGGUGACCUGCCUUUGCAAACUAAUUUUAGGGGUUUGGAAAGGUCAGCGGCAAGAAUUCUUACUAUUGAGGUUUUUAAUUUGUUUGUCCCCGUGAUUAGCCUUGCAUCAGAGAUGAUUGUGACAGAAUUCAAACGUGCCACGGGAGAUAAGCGUUACAAGGUUGUACAAUAUAGAAUGGAGUCCAAGGCUUGGAAUGUUUACUAUGACCCAGUUUCAGAUGAGUUCAAGUGUUCCUGUGAAAAGAUGGAGACAUAUGGGCUUCCAUGCGAGCAUAUAUUGGGUGUUCUUGUUUUUCUCCACAUAACUGAAUUGCCUAUUUCUCUGGUCUCUAAACGAUGGACUAAAGGUGCAAAGGAUUGUUAUAACGGGGAAGUAAUGGAAGGCUCAAUAUUUUGGGAAUCUGACGUGAUUGCUAGAUAUGUUUGGCUUGUAGAGUCAUGUAGAGAAUUGUGUACGCUAGCUAGUAAGAGUGUUGAACAUUUUAACAAAGUGAAGGAAAAAAUUGCUCAUGAGAUACAUUUAUUAAAAGGCAAUUCUGCAACAGAGGAUGAGGAUGACAACAACUUUGAUGCCACUGCUGCUGGUUUGGGGAAUGUUAAUAACACGGGACCUGUUAGGAGGCCUCGAGUUCAUGCAAGAGCGUCAUCUUCGGGAUUAACUACCAAGCGUACAAUUAGAUGCACCGCGUGCAAGGUCGCUGGGCACAACAGAUUGACAUGUCCUUUGUUAAGAGACAUUGAGUAUGAAAAUCGCAGCUUUGAAAGGGAUGACGAGAAUGAAAGUAUCUUUGGUGAAGAUGAAGAUGAUGACUAUGAAGAUGAUGACUAUGAAGAUGAUGAGUAUGGUGAAGAUGACUAUGCAGAUUAA